AUGACAUCAUCUCACGGACACCACGCCUUUCAUCUAGUAGAUAUAAGACCAUGACCACUUACAGGUUCAAUCAGAGCUAUGAUAUUAACCACAGGACUUGUCAAAUGAUUCCACCAAUUUAACCCUGACCUUCUUGUAUUAGGAGUUGUUGCUACAACUCUUACUAUAAUUCAAUGAUGACGAGAUAUUACUCGAGAAGGAACUUACCAAGGAUUACAUACAAAAGCAGUAACUAUUGGCCUUCGAUGAGGUAUGAUUUUAUUUAUUACGUCUGAAGUACUUUUCUUCUUUUCAUUUUUCUGGGCAUUUUUUCAUAGAAGUCUCUCUCCUAAUGUAGAAGUGGGUAGAUGCUGACCUCCAGCAGGAAUUCAAACUUUUAACCCUUUCCAAAUUCCUCUUCUUAAUACUGCCAUUUUACUUGCUUCUGGAGCAACUGUAACGUGAGCUCACCAUGCUAUUAUAGAAGCCAAUUACACUCAGUCAGUUCAAGGACUAUCCAUUACAGUUAUUUUAGGAAUAUACUUUACAGCUCUUCAGGCCCUAGAAUAUUAUGAAGCGCCAUUUACAAUUGCCGACUCAGUUUAUGGUUCUACCUUCUUUGUCGCCACUGGAUUCCACGGACUACACGUUAUCAUUGGUAGAACUUUCCUUUCAGUAUGUUUAUACCGACUAUACAAAUGCCAUUUUUCAUCCUCACACCACUUUGGAUUUGAAGCUGCCGCAUGAUAUUGACAUUUUGUAGAUGUAGUAUGAUUAUUCCUCUAUAUUUCUAUUUAUUGAUGAGGAGGCU